UCAAGCAUCGACCAUGGAGGACCUGACGCAGCCGCUGCCUCACGACGUUCUCGCCGACAUCCUCCGCCGCCUCCGGCAGGCGUCGGUGCGCAGCCUCGUCGCGUCCCGCUGCGUCUGCAAGGCAUGGCGCACCGUGGUUGACACCCGGCGACUCCUCACGGACCUCUUGCCGCACUCACUUACCGGCAUAUUCUUCAACCUCAACGGCGAGAUGCUCCCGAGGCACUUCUCGGUCGCUGCGCCAGCCGCGCACAUCGCCCCCUUCGACUACUUGGAUACCCACGACACCAUUGAAUACUUAGCAAUUAGGCAACACUGCAAUGGCCUUCUUCUACUCGCCGCCAACGAUAACGACGAUCAACCGGAAGAGGCAUGGGUGCUUAACCCCGCCACGCAACAAUGGACGCACCUGCCUACUCCUCCGCCCAUGUGCACGCCGGGCAUGGAGGACAUGGAUGAUGUAGAUAAUUACAUGGACUGCCAUGACCAACACCUCGUGUUUAAUCCUAUGGUGUCACCGCACUAUGAGGUCUUCUUAGUCAAGUAUGUUCCCUUUAUUCCGUGGCCUGAUAGCGGCCAUUUGGUGGACCUCCACAUACAAGAGAGAGAAUGGCCUCCGUCGACCUUUGUCUUGCUUGUCUUUUCAUCGAGGACAAAACGGUGGGAGGAGAGGCCUUUCGUUCGUGAAGGGGAGGCCGCGGGGACCAUAGGCGACAUGUUGCAGGUUCGCGGAUCUGACUAUCAGUUUGCCGCAUACUGGCAGGAAUCACUUUACUUCAACCAGCAUGACUUGUUCAUGAGAAUAAACUUGGCAAAGCACAAAUACGAAGUAAUUAAGCCCCCAGAAGGUUUUCGAAAAUAUCAUAUGGGACAUUAUUUUGGAAAAUCGAAGAACGGUGUAUAUUGUGCACUACUCGAUGCCCUCGGACUUAGGAUUUGGUACCUCGACGAAACAGGUGAUCAGAUAAACUGGAUCUUAAAGUGCGAUGAUUUGGUUUUUGACAAUGAUGGUGCCGGUAGUACCAAAGAUAGGUCAAAGCAGAGUCGCAUCAAAUAUUCUCUACUUGGGUUUCAUCCGAAUGAAGAGAUCGUCUUCCUCCAUACACCCUUCAACAGAUUAAUGGCCUAUCACUUCAAUAGCUCCGAGGUCCAAGACUUGGGCUGCUUACCCGUGGAAACUCAAAGCCAGAUAAGGUUGUGUUUCCCUUACACGCCAUGUUUGAUGGGGGAGUUUUCAAACAACAAGUAGCUUAACAAGAAUAUCAUCGGGAUUAGUUAGCAGCUUGUUUGAGUAGUUUAUCCGUGCACAUGAGUGACCGAUUUGUAUAAUGGAAUGGCGAUCUUGUAAAUCAGUUUAUUUUCCUGAAGUUAUG